GUGAUAGCGGCGAGCUAUCCCAGCGGACGAUGUUCAGGGAUGCGCGAGCGCAGAUUCGCUUGGUCCAGGGCCUUCCCGGCUGAGAUUCCGUUGCGCAUGCGCACAGCCCUCUGCCGAGACUUGCACCUGCUUAGAGUCUGCCGUUCGAUCUGAUACCCCACCUGAGCAUCGCGCACCCAGCCAUGACAGCCCAUUCCUUUGCCCUCCCUGUCAUCAUCUUCACCACAUUCUGGGGCCUCAUCGGCAUCGCUGGGCCCUGGUUCGUGCCCAAAGGACCCAACCGCGGGGUGAUCAUCACCAUGCUGGUAGCUACUGCUGUCUGCUGUUACCUCUUCUGGCUCAUCGCCAUCUUGGCCCAACUGAACCCCCUGUUUGGGCCACAACUGAAGAAUGAGACCAUCUGGUACGUGCGUUUCCUGUGGGAGUGACCCCUGGGGUGAUCAGCUGGCUUCUGGCCUCAGAUGCCCUGCUGUGAAGGGUGAAUGGCCCAGCCUUGAUGUCCCUGGAGACCCUGCAUUCCCUCUGGCCCCACCCAUCUGUAUGACCAUCCUGUGCUCGCCCUGCCAUCAUGCUGUGGAAUCCAUAACCCCCAGAGCCAACCUGGUUUCAGUUUCUGGUCUCAGUUUCCCCUGUGUUCCCAGCUAUUAGCGGCCCUCCAUGUUGGGCAAGCCCCGUGCUCAGUCAGGCCACAGUGGGAGCUUACCUGAGCUUAAAUUCCCACACUUGGCACUUCCCUCUUUCUUCCAAGCAGAUCCCGGUCAAGGAGCUGGACCUGCUGUUAUCUAUUUUCAUCCAGGGAGCAGAAGGCAGGACUCAGCCCAGUACCAGAAAGGACUUGAGUCUUUGUGGAGAAGGGACAUGUGGCCCAAAAUCUCUAGGCUUUUUAACUCUGUCUCCACCGUGUUGAAAUAUUGGGUCAGGGUCACAGGCCUCCUCCAGCUCUGAAGUGAAUGAUAUCCAUUUAGUCUCUGACACUUGUAGAUGUGACAUUCCUGGAGGUGCUGAUGUCUUAAAGAAGCAGUCACACCAAAAACCCGGCACAGUCAGGAUCAAAGCCUCCAUGUUUAGCCUUUAGCAGCAGGGAAAUCACUUGGCAUGGGAGGGAGGUAGUGUGUCUUUGGAAUGUUCUAGUCACUUUCCUCUCCCUCUGUAGAUAAGAUCGCCCACUCCCUAGUACCUGUCAGUUGGGGUACAACCCUUUUUGCCACUCUUCAUUGGGUUGUGGUGGGGCAGAUCCCAGUACCAUUGAAGAGAUUUGGAGUUGAGGUUGGGGGAUAGACAAAGGUGACGUUUCUGGGGUACUACUAGCACUAUGCCUCCCUGGCUUUUGAGACCCUCUGUCCCUAAGCUCAUAUGGUUCUGUGCCAAGCACAGUGAGACAGAAAAUGUAAAUGACAGAGGAUCAGCCCAGGGCAUUCCUCCAGCCCAUGCCCUCACCUCUCUGAGAGGGUGAGUAGGGCAUUCUUGCCUGUGUUGCCAGGGCUUGCUAGGACAGAGGCCUAUAUAAUCCAUGGCUCCUAACCAGUGGCUGUUUGAGUUCCCAGGGGAAGAAAGCCCAGUCUUGAUUAUCUAUUGACUAUUUAUUUGGUCUCCCUCCCCUUAUAGGGGGGUCGUUUUGGGAGUGGCAGCAGAAUACACUAUAGCUCAGAUUGCUGGGCAUUAAGUGUGCUAGUGGCUCAGAUCUGCAGCUGGGGCCUCUGUGGGCAACCCAUCCCGUCCUACCCUGACUCCUGAAGCCUUCCUGUGGGGGUGGGGCAUGGUGAGCAUGACUCCUGUUGAAAGCCGAUUCCUGUCUAAUAAAUCAUGGUGAUGCAAGAUUGGUUUAGUUAGCCAAA